GAACUGUGGGAUGACAAUGACCUGGGAAUGCUUGCACCAUGUAAUUACUGACUGCUCAGCCCUAGAAUACACAUACAGUCAUCCCAGAAUUGCUAAUUCAUAUCCUCAUGUCUGGCAAAUUUACUAGUGUCGACCAAUAAAGACCCGAGGCUAUAAAACAAAAGUUUAUUUGGGGUCUUAAAGGACUCGAAUCCAGGAGAUGCGGAUUCAGGUAACAACCCAAACUAAGUUCUGGAGAGAACGAAGAAAGGCAGGGUUUAUAAAGACGAAAACCACAAAAUGUAGUUCUUUCAUGCAAUUGAAGGGUUACUGGCUAGGUUAACAGGGUUUGGUUAAUUCCAGUAUGGAAGUGAGGGAGGUGAAAACUACUAAGGAAGGAAGUGAAAGUCCGUAUAUGUCCACAUAGCAGUCCUAAGAUGUAUAUGAUUCCAGCAUGUUUAUGGCUCUGCCUUGAGCUGAGUGUAGCAAUAGGUCUUGGUUUUGGUUUUUGGUUUAGCCACUGGGUUAGCCAAGUAAGAGCGGCUCUGAAAACAGGACAAAAUGUGCAUAGGCUCUACUUCCGUAAGGGCCUCUGGGCUCUAUGUUAAGUGACUCUCUUAGCAAUGUUUAUUACAUUUUUUUCCCACAAUCACUAACUAGAGGGCAGCAUUUGAGCACAGGUCUUUAUAGCCUUACAGUAUUUAGUUAAAAUACUGUUUUUCAAAGUUACUUAGUUCUUUUCUUUCCUAAAGAAAGUGGUGAAGGAACCACUUCAGUGUGGUUAUGUUACUCAAUCCUGGGGCAGUUAGGCUCACUUCCUGUUUGGUUCCUUGUUUGGGUUCCUUGUUUGGGUUGUUACCCCCAUCUCAUUCCUGGUUGGUUAAUUGUAUAUAUGUGUGUGUGUGUGUAUUUGUUUGGAUAUGUGAAACAUUACUAUGGUUAUGAAAGUCAGACACAUUCAGAGAGGUGUCACCCCUCUUCCUCUCUUCCACCCAGUUUCCUUCCAUCCUGUCCCCAUUCCAGGGCUCCUUUCUCCCACGUCCCACCCACACUUGGUGCAACCAUUUUCCUUAGGUUUUGGUUUAUCCUUGCAUUUCUUUUUGUAUAAAUGACCAGAGCACAUUUUCUUAUACUUCUUUUUUCUUGUCAUUACACAACAAAAGAUAGCACACUACCUUUUGCACUUUACUUUUUUUAAAUUUAACAAUAUACUCUGGAAAUUAUAUCAUAGAGAUGACUGUAUUUUUUUUAAAUGCCACUCACAUAUACACAAGACUGCAUGUAGUAUGUCAGCUAAGACUACAUAGUAGAAUGAGCACUGGGAACAUACCACCCCAUUAAGAAGGAGAACAUGACCAGUACUGCUGCUCCUCCCCAGCCCAGCUCCCAGCUUACCACUCCCAGGGGUAACAGCUGUUUUGAAUUUUGUGCUAAUAGAGCCUUACCUGUUUUUAAAGAUAAUCAUCACAUAUACAUGUAUAUGUAAAUAAUGUGUUUAGUUUGCUUUUGAGCUUUAUGAAAAUGGCAUAGUACCUGUAGUCAUGUGGACUCAUGUAACUCAAUAUUGUGUUCCUAAAGUCAUCCGUGUUGUUCUGUGUCACUGAGUCAUUCAUUUUUGCUGCUUGAUAAUAUUCCAUUGUUAAAAACUAUAUGACAACUUAUUUAUGUAUUCUCAAUGGACAUGUGAGUAUGUGAGUUGCUUCCAGUUUUUGGCGAUUAAAAUACUGCUGAUGAUGAAUAAUUCUAUAUGUAUCUUGUACAUACAGAGUUUCUCUAGGGUAUAAGUUUUUAAAUGUAGGCAUGAAUGUUGAAAAAUUUUUAAAGAUUUUAUUGAUUUACUUUUAGAGAAGGGAAGGGAGGGAGAAAGAGAGGGAGAGAAACAUCAAUGUGUGGUCGCUUCUUGUGCACUCCCUACUGGGGACCUGGCCCACAACCCAGGCAUGUAUCCUGACUAGGAAUUGAACCAGCAUCCCUUUGGUUUACUCAAUCCACUGAGCCACACUGGGCAGGGUUGAAUGUUGAAUUUUAUCAAAUGCCUUUUGGCAUCUGUUAGAUGAAGAGUAUGUUUAUCUUGCUUUGAUUUAUUAAUGUGAGAAAGUGUACUAAUUUGUAUCCUAGUAUUGACCAGAGGCACAUUUUCUUGUACUUCUUUUUUGUUGUCAUUACACAAAAGGUUGCUUGUGUCCAUGAGAUGAUCCCUCUUAUGCAUGGUUCAUCACUUUAAUGGACUACAAGAGUCUGUUUCUUACUAUUUAGGAUUUUUUGCCUUAGUACUCGUAAAUAAGACUUCUCUGUGGUUUCAUAUCUGUAUUGUGCUGGUGUUACCAAACUCAAGAGGUUUGCCAGUUAGGGUGUUCUACUCAAGAACAAGAUGUCGUUGUUAGGUAGUUUUAUCUAACUAAACUACUUAGGUAGAUUCACAUCCAGUGCUCUUUCCCUGGAAGAGAGGCCUAGCCAUUGCUUAUGUACACUAUUUGGUCAAUUACAUGUUGAUUUCUUCUUUUGCAGUUGGCGAAAUUUGUCCGGAUUUUGUUAACUGUAUGUUGAUUUGUUCCUUCCUUUCUUCCUCCCUCUCUCCCCCCCUUCCUUUCUCCCUUCCUACAGUUGACUAAACUCUUGGAUUGGGUGGUCAAGUGCAUCCUGGGUGGACAAACUCAAGUGGCUACAGCUGCAUCUGCAAAAUGCUGUGCUGCAUUUUAACAUUUAACAAGAAUAGCAUUUAGUAAGAACUGCCCAGACCUUUGAUACCCUUGUCCUAUGUAACAUUGGCAUGAUCAAAAGACUGGAAAACUUUUUUGGCUCUUCUCUGCUACAGUUUACAUAGUGUUAGAAUUACUCAUUUUUUUCAAGAUUUGAAAAGAUUUGCCCAUGAUACAUAUGGGCUUAGUGUUUUGCAAAAGUUCAUUCUUUACUGGCUAUCUCAGUUUAAGUAAAAGUAAUCAUAGGAUACAGAGAAAAAUCUGUGUAAUAAAAUCUGUAGAGUUGGUUCAUUAAAUUCAUAUAGAAUUAUACGAUCUUUCAACAUAGAAUAAGUUUUCUUUUUAAGCAUCUAUAGACUUUUUAGGUGGCCACUUCAGCUAUUAAAAAAACAAAAAGCCUCAAACAUCUUUAAAGCAGGAGUAAAUAUAUUAGGCUAUUUAAACAGCAUGCAGUAAAGCCAGAAAUUACAAAUAGAGAAGAAAUUUACAGCAUACUAUCAUAAACAAUUCUUUGGUCAGAGAAAAACACAGUUGCUAACUAGCUAUAAGAUAGUAAUUAAAACAUGACGUAAAACCUCUGGAAUGUGGCUAAUUUUAGUGUAUUUAGAGGAAAAUAUAUGGCCUUAUGGUUUUAGCUGCCAAGUAGAAAAGUAUGAGAAUAAAUGAAUAAAUCAUGCAACCUCAAGAAGUUAGAAAAGAGGCUUUUGUAGUCUAGUUUCCCCUAAAAGCAGAACACGACAAAGAUUUGUGUGCAGGUAAUUUAUUUGGAAGUGUAGUCCUGGGCAGAGUGGAAGACAAGGGGAGUGACAGAGAAGGAAGGAGAGCCGUACAGGGGCGCUUUGUCAGUUUGGUCCUUCUGCAUCUGACUAGUGCUUUGUCUUGCAGAUUUGGAAUCUCAUGUGGGAGGCUAAUGGGGAAAACAUUUAUCCGUUGGUCACUGUCCCCUAUUCGAGGGUGGCUCCGUAGACAUGAACUCUCCUGAACUUCAGGUAUCAGCAAGUGUCUACAGGUUUCUGCAGUGUUUUAUACAGGACACCAGAAAAGCCCCAGGGCAGGAGUCAGGCAUCUGUGGUGUAGAUUUUUACAGAGGCAUUGGUAGCUUGCACCUGCACAAAGCUGAUCUGAGCUUUUGGAACUGGACUAAGUGAGACGAAAGGAAUGGAGUGGUGCAUAAGCUAUCUCUUACAGAGCUAAAGAAACAGACUGAGAAAGUAGAACGUAGUGAAUUAAAAACAACUACAAAAAAGAGCAGCGUUCUAAAUAAAUAAAAAAGCUGGUUCACUGAAGAUGAAAUGACAUUAAAAUAGAUAAACCACUGCUCAGCCUCACUCUAUUAGUCUGUCUGGGAUGCCGCAACAAACUGCUAUCGACUAUGCGGCUUUGACAACAGAAACGCACCUUAUAGCUCCGGAGGGCGGAGUCCCAGAUGAAGGUGCUGGCUGAGACAGCUCUCCUUAGGUUUCAGAUGGCUGCCUUCUCACUGUGUGCUCAUGUGGCAAUGACCUAUCAGAUUAGGGCCCUACCCUUAUGACCUUAUUUAACCCUAUUACCUCCUUGACAGUCUUAUCUCUAAAUAUAGUCACAGUGGGGGUUAGAGUUUUAGCGUAUUAAUUUGGGGAGGGGGCAUACAUUCAAUCCAUAACACUGACCAAGGAAAACGUCUGAAAGCACAUAUAUUCAAAAGAAGAAGUGGGAAAAGCAAAGUAGCUCUAAAUAUGAAGGAAACAAAAAGAAUCAUAAACCAGUGUUUUCUGCAACUGCACUCAAGUUGAAAUCCUGGAAGAUAUAGAUGAGAUUUUAGGAGAGUAUAAAUUUCAAGACUGAUUUUAGAAUCAAUGAAAAUCUUGAAAAUCAGAAACUUAACUAGCCCAUGUGUUAGGAACAUCACGAACAAGAGGCUCAGGGUCAUGGGGCCUAGAUCCCAUAGUGAGCCUCUCUCUCAGGAAGCUGAGGUCUUGGCUUCUUCACUCUCAGAAGGCUGGAAAGUACGAAGAUGCAGCCUGGCACUUCACUUCUGGCCCAGCUUCCUCAAGCUCCAGCCCUUCUCUGAGAGGGAGACCAAGCAAUGGCAGCCGUGCUCCUGACAGCCUGGCCCCAGAAGUUGGUGACCUUUGAGGAUGUGGCUGUGUACUUCACCCCAGCGGAGUGGGAUGGCCUGUCCCCUGCACAGAGGGCCCUGUACAGGGAUGUGAUGCUGGAGAACUAUGGGAAUGUGGCCUCCCUGGGAUUUCCACUUCUCAAACCUGCUGUGAUCUCACAACUAGAAGGAGGAGGUGAGGUGGGGACCCCAUCUCUGCUGGCCACUGGAGUAGGCUCAGACCCUCCAGGCCUCUGGACAGUAGAUACUGAUAUCCAGACUGACAAUGAUAUAACAAAGGAACUGUACAAAGAAAAAUAUAAUACAUCAUUUGUACUCCAGGGGAACUUUUCUCAGGAAACAGACUUCUCAGAAGCCUAUAUUGUAGAAAAACAACAGCAGGAAGUCCAUCUAGUAGGAAGUAUGAAGAAAGAAAACAGCAGUGUUACUGAUGGAACAGUGAAAGACAACACAGACCCCAUGGAGAAGUGUUUGUUUAGUCAGAGUCCAAACUUGAACCAGUGUCAUACCAUCAUCUCCACUGGAGAAGAACCCCCUAAGUGUAUGGGACUGAAGAAAGCCUUGAACUUUGACACAAAACUUACUUAUCAUGAAAUAAGUAAUUCUAGGGAAAGACCUUUUGACUGUGAAGGAUUAGUAGAAAACUUUAAGUAUAACUCUCAAUUUAAUCAUCAUCAAGAUAGCUACACUGGAGAGAAGCCCUACCAGUGUAAGGAGUGUAGCAAAGCCUUUAGCAUUAAGGCAAAAUUAAUUUGGCAUCAAAGACUUCAUAGUGGGGAGAAACCAUUCAAAUGUGUGGAGUGUGGGAAAAGCUUCAGUUACAGUUCCCAUUACAUCACACAUCAGACAGUCCACAGUGGGGAGAAGCCCUAUCAGUGUCAGGUGUGUGGGAAAGCCUUCAGUGUUAAUGGGAGUCUAAGCAGGCAUCAGAGAAUCCAUACAGGAGAGAAACCCUAUCACUGCAAGGAGUGUGGAAAUGGCUUCAGCUGCAGUUCUGCAUAUAUCACACAUCAGAGAAUUCAUACUGGAGAGAAACCUUAUGAGUGUAAUGAUUGUGGGAAAGCUUUCAAUGUUAAUGCAAAAUUAAUUCAACACCAGAGAAUCCACACUGGAGAGAAACCUUAUGAAUGUAAUGAGUGUGGGAAAGGCUUCAGGUGCAGUUCCCAGCUUAGGCAGCAUCAGAGCAUCCAUACCGGAGAGAAGCCCUGUCAGUGUAAAGAGUGUGGGAAAGCCUUCAGUAAUAAUGCAAAACUAAUUCAGCAUCAGAGAACCCACACAGGUGAGAAGCCCUACAAGUGUACUGAAUGUGGAAAAGCCUUUAGUAUCAAAGGGAAAUUAAUCCAGCACCAGAGAAUCCACACAGGUGAGAAGCCCUACAAGUGCAAUGAAUGUGGAAAAGCCUUCAGGUGUAACUCCCAGCUUCGGCAGCAUCUGCGAAUCCACACUGGAGAGAAGCCCUAUGAGUGCAAUGAGUGUGGAAAGGCCUUUAAUGUCAAUGCUAAACUAAUGCAGCAUCAGAGGAUUCAUACUGGGGAGAAACCCUUUGAAUGUAAUGAGUGUGGGAAAUGUUUCACAUCUAAGAGAAACCUACUUGAUCAUCACCGAAUCCAUACUGGAGAAAAACCUUAUCAAUGUAAGGAAUGUGGGAAAGCCUUCAGUAUCAAUGCCAAACUAACUAGGCAUCAGAGAAUACACACUGGGGAGAAGCCUUUCAAAUGUAUGGAAUGUGAGAAAGCAUUUAGCUGUAGUUCUGACUAUAUUGUACAUCAGAGGAUCCAUACUGGAGAGAAACCCUUUCAGUGUAAGGAGUGUGGAAAAGCUUUCCAUGUUAACGCCCAUUUAAUUCGGCAUCAGAGAAGUCACACUGGAGAGAAACCCUUCAGGUGUGUGGAGUGUGGCAAAGGCUUCAGCUAUAGUUCUGACUGCAUUAUACAUCAGACUGUCCACACUUGGAAGAAGCCCUUUGUGUGUAAUGUGUGUGGCAAAGCCUUCAGGUUUAGCUUCCAACUUAAUCAGCAUCAGAAUGUCCAUAGUGAAGAAAAAUCCUAGUGAGAAGGAUGUAGAAAACUCUCAAGAUUAAUGCCGAACCGAAUCAGGUGUCGCCAGAUUUACCCUGGUGGGAAACCCAGAGAGAGAAAUUAAUAUUAUGACAGUCUUCACAUGGAAACAGACUUUUUUCAUUUUAUUCCAUUUUAAAUCAGGAAUGAUGACCAGUUAAAAAGCAACAUUAAAAAACAAAUGCUUUCUUUUAUACCAGAAACCAAUUAGAAUAUAUCCCAUUCCCAACACAAUCAAGAAAAGUAGACUUUUCUAGGAAUAAACUUAAUUGUAAUGGAGGACCUACAUGGAUCUCCACCGAGGGCCACAAAAGGAAACUUAAUGGGGGAGAGAGAGAGAAACCUUGUUCUUGGAUAGAAAAACUUAAAAGAUAUUCAUUCUACUUAAUUUAUUUCUUUUUCAUUUUUGACAAGCAUGCAUAACUUUUGUAAAGA